ACUUCCUCAAUUGACGUCUGAGUGGAGAGGGGCUGAGCGUACACUGCGUGCAGCGUGUCUGAGAUUUCGAAGUUGCAACUUGAGUCAUUAAGUUGACAUGGAAUGUCAGGCUAACGAGGAAUGGUUGCAGUGACUGAAGUGAAUUUCGACGACAGUUAUUUUCCACUCUUGUCCAUAGACUACAGGAAUUUACUCUGAGGAUAAUGGAGUGUUUUGAAACAAUACAGGUAUGGAGCGUAGAAAAUCUACAUUGGAGUCGAUUUCGUGAGACCGAACCUGUUACCAUACAAGGCACAUUGUUAAAAAUUCCUUGAAUGUUCCAGAGAACUGUGCUAACUACUUGCUACUAAAAGACCCCUUCAAGUGGAGAUGGUACAGUGGGUCUCUGUGCUGGUAGCAUGCCUCUGGACCCAGAUUCAUGUGACCUUUGCCACCCAAACCUGCCCUAAUACUCCUCGAAAAGGUGUGGACUUCUCUAUUGCCUAUUCACCUCGCUAUCAGUUUGAAACGGCGAGACCAAUUCAAAACAUACUGGUAAACCUUAAUUUGAAGGAGGUUUAUGUGGCAUCACAAAAUGUGCUUGAGGCUGUGAGUUACAACUUUGUGAAGAAAUGGCAGGUACAAACCGGCCCUGUCGGAAGCCCUGAAUGUCAGACUUGUAACUGUGGUAUUGAGGUAGACCCUAACUCCGCUGUGGACACAGAUAACCAAGCGCUGCUCCUGGACCCCCAACUCUACUACAAUUUCCUGUACACCUGUGGCAGCACUCAAUAUGGGGUUUGCCACCUCUAUGAACUUAAUGAAGAUGAUGAACCGUUUGGUCCCACAUGUCUCUUUAAUGAGGAGAAAAACUCCCCAUCCUUUUGUCCCUCCUGUAUCGCUAGUCCCCUUGGGACUAAAGUCAGCAUUGUCGAAGAUGGACAUACAGUGUAUUUCUUUGUUGCCAGUGGUGUUAAUAGCACUGUGGCCAGCCAUUACGGUAGGCGUUCCAUAGCAGUGUAUCGGCCACUGUCGACUGAGGAUGGUUUUGAAGUGACGCUUGGCAACCUGACAGUGCUGCCUAAUGUGCGAGACUCCUACCCCAUUGACUACAUUUACAGCUUCAGCGCCAUGGAGCAUGUCUACUUCCUGUCGGUGCAGAGAGAGAACCCAACCGCCGCGGAUUCGCACAUCCAGACGCGGCUCGGCAGGCUUCCAGCCAGCAACAGCGAGGUGUGGCUGUACCGUGAACUUGUCCUGGAGUGCCGCUUCGAACCCAAAAGGAGGAGAAGAACGAGCGGGAGUUACUCGGAUGUGGUCUACAAUGCUCUGCAGGCGGCCCACUUUGGGAUUGCCGGGAAGGUGCUGGCUAUGGAGCUAGGGGUUAAGGUCGGGGAGCCCAUCUUCUAUGGGGUGUUUGCAAAGACUGAUGGGAAGGGGAAGCCGCUCCGCGAGUCCGCCCUGUGCGCCUUCCCUAUCAACGCCAUGAACAACGCGAUCGACACAGGCGUGGAGGACUGCUGCAAGUUUAGCACAGAGCAGCUCUCCAGAGGCCUCUGCCAGUAUCAGCCCUGCAUGAGCUGCCCUCACGAGAAUGCGGCGGAGGAUAGCUGUAAAUACCAACCCACUCUGGUGUCUAAGCCAUUCAAGAGGACGGACCUGUUCAACGGACAGCUGACGGACGUUCUCCUCACCUCCCUGCUGGUCACCACCAUAGGCAACAUGACUGUGGCUCACAUUGGGACUGAGAACGGGAGACUUCUACAGCUGGUCCUGAGGAGAACGAGUGCCAUCAUUUUUGCCAACUACUCUCUUAGUGAAGAAGAGCCCGUGUCCCGCACUGCUGCCAUCCAGUCGGAGGACUCCCUGCUCUUUGUGGUCGGAAACAAGUUGGUGAGUGUAUCCCCCACUGGCCCAGGCUGUGCUCACUUCCCCAACUGCCAGCUGUGUCUGGGGGCUCCUCACUUCAUGGGCUGUGGCUGGUGCGGGGACCGCUGUGCCCGGGAGACCCAGUGCAACGGCAACGCCACCCGGUGGAGGAAUCACACGUGUCCGCCCAUCAUUACAGAGUUUUUCCCCAGGACGGCGCCCCCUGAUGGCAGGGCUGAGAUGACUCUGUGUGGCUGGGAGUUCCAGUCUCCCUUCAGACCCCAGUUCAGCCGCAAGACGCACCGGGUGAACGUGGGGAGAACCCCCUGCACCGUCCUUCCCCGGAAGAGCAGCAGCACCCAACUGGUGUGUCAGAUUGGUGCAGAGGUGCCUGGGGAGUCUCAACCGUUCCAAUCCAUCACACUGGAGGUGGACGAGGGAAUAGUGGAGGGACGCUACUCCAUCCAAGGCCGAGCCCAGAUAGAUGGCUUCUCCUUUGUGGUGCCAGAGAUCACAGACAUCACCCCCAGCUAUGGGCCUCAGAUAGGGGGCACAAGGAUCACAGUCUCAGGUCCUCAUCUAGGAGCUGGAAUGACAAGACAGAUUUAUUUGGGUGAAAAAAUGUGCACCAUCCAGAGUGUCUCCACCAAUGGGACGGUGUCUUCUGUCAUUUGCGUCUCUGGUGGUGCAUCACAGCUGGGAGAUGUGCCUUUAAAGAUGACUAUUGACCAGUCACAGGUCACAACAGCAAGGGUGUUCAGCUACAAGAAGAACCCAGUGGUGAUGAUGGUGUGGCCAGCCUGUAGCUUCGACAGAGGAUCCAACAUCACAUUCAUUGGCAAGAACCUGGAUUCUGUAGUGAGAUCAAUUGUCCGAUUCAAACCAAAUAAUUCACCAAAUGCUUCCUUUCAGGAGUGUACACACACGGCGAACCCCACUGAGAUGCAGUGUCUCACCCCUGUGUGUGUGGAGUCUGAUGGGGUGCUGUCCGUGGACAUGGACGGAGCCAAAGAGGUCUUCAAGCAGCCCUUCUCCUGCCAUCCGUACGCCAAGCCCAUCCCCAUUGAGCAGGAGGGCUGCCGGCUGAAGCUCAGUCCAGGCCAGGAUGAAGUUUCACUGCAUCAUGAGAAGCUGAGUGUAGUCCGCUCCUGCAUGAACAUCACAAUGACACUGGGAGAGGUGGACUGCCAUGCCCAGAUCCUGGAGAACGAGAUCACGUGCAGGAUCCCGAAAGACCUGAUCAUUCCCGCCGAGGGGGUUCCCGUUAGGGUGGUAGUGAAUGGGCUGAUCCAUGAAGUGGGCUGGGUGGAGUACGCAGGAAACGAAACCAUAGCAACGAUCGUGUGUUGCAUCAUAGUAGCACUGCUAGUUGGGGCAGCCCUGGCUUUCAUCAUCAUGCACACCUUGAGGAAGAAGAAGAAGAAGGCUGCCAUUGAACGCCGGUUGACUCGCAACUCCAGUCGAGGUAGUGGGCCAGCUACAGACACUCUGCUUAUGGGUGACUAUAGACGAGAUCCAUCUCAGAGCCCCACGUCGGGCUCCCCCGUCCCAAUAGCAUUUCCUGGAGUGGCUUACGCCGGAGCCUUUGUCAGUACCUCGCUACCGCUGCUGUCGCCGGAGGCCAUCUCUGUGAAGGCGCUGCGGGAUGAUCUUCUGGAGGAGGUGAAGGAUGUGUUGAUCCCUGCCGAGAUGCUCACCGUUCAUUACGGCCAGAUCAUCGGGAAGGGUCAUUUUGGAACUGUGUACCACGGCUACUUGAGGGAUGGUCAUGACCAGGAGAUCCACUGUGCUGUGAAAUCACUGACCAGAAUAACAGACCUGGAGGAGGUGGAGCAGUUCCUGCGGGAGGGCAUCCUCAUGAGGGGUUUCCACCACCCCCAUGUGCUCUCUCUGCUGGGCAUCCUGUUGCCCUCGGAGGGGCUCCCCCUGGUGGUCCUGCCCUACAUGAAGCACGGUGACCUGCGCCACUUUAUCCGCAGUGAACAGCGGAACCCCACCGUGAAGGACCUGAUUGGCUUUGGCCUGCAGGUUGCCAAGGGGAUGGAGUACCUGGCGCAGAAGAAGUUUGUGCACCGGGACCUGGCAGCACGCAACUGCAUGCUGGAUGAGUCCUUCACAGUGAAGGUGGCAGACUUUGGCAUGGCGCGGGACGUGUUCGACAAAGAGUACUACAGCAUCCAGGACCACAAGAAGGCCAAGCUGCCCGUGAAGUGGAUGGCCUUGGAGAGUCUGCAGACUCAGAAGUUCACGACUAAAUCAGACGUGUGGUCAUUUGGUGUGUUGAUGUGGGAGAUGCUAACCAGAGGAGCAAGCCCCUACCCAGACGUGGAUCCCUAUGACAUCACCCACUACUUGCUGAAAGGCCGGAGACUCCCUCAGCCUCAGUACUGCCCUGAUGCGCUGUUCUCUGUGAUGCUUCAGUGCUGGGCCCCUGAGCCAGAAACGAGGCCCAACUUCCACGCCCUGGCGCAGGUGGUGCAGGAGAUCCUGUCCUGCCUGGAGGGGGAGCACUACAUCAACCUCGGGGUCACCUACGUCAACCUCGACCAGCCACGGCCCUACCCUGCGCUCACCGCCGCCAGCUCCACGGACACCCUCUCGGACGGCCACUACUCCACCUGACCCUGGCCCCAGGGCGGUCCCAGGCAGGGUGAGAAGCCAGAGGAGAGAGAGAGCCACAGAGGCAGCCUGAUCUGCAAGAGACACUAACUGUGAUGCCUGGAGAAAUGGCUGUCAUUGCACACACAACUCCGCUGCAGAGGAGUCAGGGAUAGAGGGAGCGUGUCCUUUCUUCAGGAGGGGGUGUGGACUUGUGCCUGGCUAAGACCAGCAAGACGAGGACAAUGAGAGCGGUGCGACGGCCACUGUUGCAAAAUGUUUACAAGAGCUUCAACACUGAAACUUGAACGUGGGCAUUGGUUUUUGUGACGUCAGUCAAGUGCUGUUCCACAGGUAUGUUGAUAUCCCCUAAAUGCUUGUUGACACUGAGUUCAUGUUUUCUCAAAAUCCUUUGUAAAUAAUUGUUUUACUGUAAGAGGAAGAAGCUUUUAUAAGAGACUUUAUAUCACAACAAAAACAAUGUCAUAAUAAUGAUCUGUGCUCACAAACCAAAUAAACUCAACUUUGCAGUGAUAUUACUCAUGUCUGGCCUCUUCAUAUCUAUAAAAUAGAUUAGAUAUCUAUGACCUCUUAAGGGCUAAAUGAGUUAUACAAUUUUGUUGUCUCUGGAAAUCAUUUUAUUAAAGCAGCAGUAAGACGUUUUGGUUGAAAACUAGCAAUCUAACUACCAAAACAAACACCAAUAACAGCACAGUUGGCACAGAUACAAGUCUUGCUAGUGUGCUUGCUAGUAUGCUCGGUAUGUCUUGGCGAUAAAGUUGGCGAUGUCGUGCUGUGAAAGCUUUUUGUACAUUUUCACGGGGUGGUCUGACCCUGAACAAAGUUCUGCAAAGUGCAUAGCCUACAUGGUGCAUAGCAGGUGUGUUGAUCUGUCCUUCACAUGACUACAUACCAUACAAAUGAUACCAGUACUAGUUGAUUAUAAAAACAUGCUUCAA